UUUUGAGUAAAAUAUGUUUUGAUUGCCUUUUAAGAGAUUGGGCCUUCCCUUUUCCUAUUACAUCCUUCAACUGCUAUGUUCUUCAUUGAUGCUUACUCAUUAUCUGCAUAAUUUGAUACAUAUAAUAUUUUACCAAAUCGUUUCUUAUGAUGUUCUUUUGGAUGAAUAUUGUUGAGUACAUUUGAAUCAAGAAUUUGAGUUUGAAUAUGCAUUCCUUACAUAUCCAUUUGCGUUUGCUAAAAUCUGAAUGUUGCCUUUGCUCGUAUAUUUCCAGGGAAAAGUAGUAAUUAUUAGAGGUGAGGGACCCAAGGGUGGCCCAGGUAUGCCUGAAAUGUUGACACCAACAAGUGCAAUAACGGGCGCAGGUCUUGGGAAGGAUGUUGCGUUGCUCACUGACGGUAGAUUUUCUGGAGCUUCACAUGGAUUCGUUGUAGGCCACAUAUGCCCAGAAGCACAGGAGGGUGGCCCCAUCGGUCUUAUUCAAAACGGGGACCUCGUCAGCGUUGAUAUUCAAAAGAGGGCCGUAAAUGUUGAGUUAACAGAUGAUGAACUAAAUGAUCGGAGAAAGAAGUGGACUCCACCUCCUUAUAAGGCUAACAAAGGAGUUUUGCUUAAGUACAUCAAGAACGUGCAACCAGCUUCGAAGGGGUGUGUAACCGAUGAAUAGGCAAUCGCCGAAAGGACAAGCCCAGAUUGUGAUGCAUGAGGUGUUUUGUAGCUCAAUCCACUUAUCCAUCCUGCUCUUCAACUACGAUUAGCUCAUAUCGGGCAUCGGUUUUCAUUUUCUUUCCACCAGGUGCUUUUGAUUUGUUGUUUGUUUUGCUAAGUCUUAAAAGAAAUGUUUAAGUGAUCUGCAAUGAUAAAUUUUUGUAUCAUUAAGCAAUUGGUAUGAAAACCACCUCAAUUGACAAUGAUGAUCCUUUCAAUGUUAGUUGGAGAACCUGUUUACUGUCUCCAUUUUCUUUUCCUCAAUCUGAAUCUCCAUUUUCCCUUCUUUAAGAGGUUUCCAUGGGGAUAGGUGGCCUGCUUGGUGUAUUGAAUUUGAUGCAACCGAGCAAUUGGUUGGUUAAAAGA